UCAAUAAAUCGACUCCUUGCCCCUCUCCUCUUGUCUCAUCGCAAGCGCUCCGACAUGGCGAAAAAAGACGGCCGAGCUUCUUCCACCACCGCCCGCGACACCAACGUCGACCUCAAAGCCCUAAUCGACACCCACUCCCUCUUCUUCGAUCGCCUAGUGGAGCUCAUCCCCGCGCGCUACUACCUUCCCCUCAACGAGGACAAACCCUGGUUCCAUGGCCUCUCCAAGAUUCAGAAGGCCGCCGUCAAGGCAGAAUCCCGGGAAAACAUUAAGAAAUCUCGCCGCGCUCGUUUCGACCCCGCCAAGUCCACCACCACCACCCUCGAUCACCUAAAGAAGAGUAUAGAUGCCGCGAAUGCUGCUGCAGAAACUAGCGAGGGUGAAGAAGAUGAAGAAAGCGGCGAGAGUGAGAACGACGUCGAGAACCCCCGUCCGUCCAUCUUCGAGGGUCCCUCCCUCACGUACGAGGAGCUCCGGAAGCGACUUCACAAUCGCAUCGAUGAGCUUCGAUCUGGUCGCAAUACCCGGCCACAGCUUCUGAUCCAGCAGAGGCCGGAUAAGGUGGAGAAGAGGAGCAAAAAUAGGAAGAAGGACGAGAAGGAAAAUGAUUCAGCUUCUGAUAGAAAGAAGGAAGAGGCGACUGAGUCCAGCAAGGGGAAUACGAAAAGGAAGAUGGCAAACCGUGAUGGAGGCGCUUGUGCUCCUGAUAUCUCAUUCGGGAAGAUCAAUGUGGGAGGCGAGGACAAUGAUAGGAGGAAAAAGAGGAAGCUUUCUAAGAAGCAUCAGCUGGAAAAUGCCAAGAAGUUGGUGCAAGCCAAGAAAGAUCCUGAGAAGGGAGCAGUGGUCUCCAAGAAGCAUUCUUGGAAGGCAGCUGUGAGCAGAGCUGCAGGUGUUAAGGUACAUGAUGACCCAAAACUGUUAAAAGAGAGCAUGAAGAAGGACAAGAAGAGGCAACAGAAGCAUGCGGAGAGCUGGAAGGAGAGGAUUAAGAUCAUGGAAAAAUCUAAGGCUGAGAAGCAGAAGACAAGGGCAGCAAAUAUAAAAGAAAGGAUCCACCAGAAAAGGACGAGGCGCAUCGAGAAGAGGGAGAAGAAAUUGAUGCGCCCAGGCUUUGAAGGUCGGAAGGAAGGAUACAUUAAUAGAUGAGUCCUUGGUGAAGGAAAUGGGCGACUACUCUUUAGCCUUCCUUCUUGUAUCAGCUGGAGUAUAAACAUCUUGCAAUGUUCCCUUUCUACCGGUUGAUAUUCAUUGUCCAUGUUGAAGUGAUUAUUAUUUUCCUGAAUUUGACUGCGCCUUCACGGUUCCUCAGUCCUAGUUUAAUUUGCAGGACAUCCGUGGAUCUCCAUGAGCAUUUUGUAUGCACAAACAUAUCUAGAGUUAAAGAAGUAACUGUUUAAGAAGCAACCUGAACUCUAUUCCUUCUGUUAGUUUGGUUGUUUCAGUUUG